AUGUGCAACUUGGACGUUCAAAGCUUCGUUUUUGCCGGCGCCAUCUCCAGCGUAGUCCGGCCAGUGUUACCACCAACGAACGCUUCGCUCAGUCUCCACAUUACAGCAAAAAGGUAUCGCGAUACAAAGACGCAGAAGCGUCAGAGAAACGUUCCCUCCCCCGGCGAAAGCGAGGGUUUGACGCUGCUAUUCUUGCAUUGUGUUGGUGCUCACAAAGAACAAUGGGAGCCUACGAUUCAAGCAAUAUUCGAAAGAGCAUCCAACAUUAGAGAAGCGUGGGCAUUUGACUGGCAAAACCAUGGCGAUGCAGCGGUGCUGAACAAGAACGCGUUGUCUGAGCGAAAAGACGACGACGGGGCGGUGACCGUUUACGACUGGGCUGCUGCAAUUUCUGCGUUUGUCAGGUCAGAUCAUGUCAAGGGACACAAUAUCAUUCCCAUCGGCCAUUCGGCAGGCGCAGCCACUGCGGUCCUCACAACCAAGUAUCUACCUUUGCAACCGAAGCCAUAUCCAGCCAUAAUCCUCGUAGAGCCGUCGGUUGUGGCCAAGGAACUCUUCGAAGCGACGAUUGAUGACCGCAUGGAGCAGAUGGAAUUCGUUGUACGGAUGACUAUGACUCGGCGGGAUCACUGGGCAUCCAAGGAUGAAGCCUUUGCCUGGCUCAGUAAGCGGUAUCCGUGGAGUACCUGGGACACGCGUGUUGUGAAGCUGCUCGCGGAUCAUGGGCUGGAGCAGCAUGAGGACGGUGCUCGCCUAAAAUGUCAUAGGAAGCACGAAGCAGUCUCAUACACGCAAGUAGAAGGGCAUUUUGAGGCUGCCGCCCUGCUAGCCACAAUUUCCAAGACCAUACCUAUUCAUUUGGUAUGGGGCGAAAACGAGGACAUUAUCCCUGAAAUCAUACGGAAUUCGCUCAGUGAUGCCUCUGCUGGCAGAAGCGUUACAUCAACCAGAGUGGUAGAAGAAGCUGGGCAUAUGAUCGUCCAAGAGAAGCCCGACGCAUUGGCCAACGCGAUCUGUGAAGUCCUGCAUGACUACAUAAUGCCUUGCCCCGUUCAAACCAAGCUGUGA